UGAGGUGCAAAACCAAAGAGUUUAAAAAACGGGGUGCAAAGUCCAAUUUAGACAAUAAUAUAGGGUGCAAACUCAAAUUACCCUCUUUUAUUUCAUAAAUGAGAAUAAUUUAUGUCAAAUUCCCCUCUUUUAUUUCAUAAUUUUUCCCAUAAAUAAAACUUUUCUCUAAAUAAUGGGAUCUCUACUAUCUAGUCUCUACUAGACGCAUUGGAGAAAUGGAGAUGCUCCCACAUGGAUGGACACUCGCUCACUCAUAAGGCUGGUUUGCAACCACUUUAAAAAAAGCACUUCUCAGCUUUUGGCUUAAAAAAGCACUUAUUUACCAAACACUACCAAUUUUUUAUUUUUCUCGGCUUUCGUGUCAAAAGUGUUUUUCCACUUUUUAUACACCAAAAGCACUUAUUUUACCAAACACUACCAACUUUUACUUUUCAAAAUCACUUUUUUCUCAAACACUAUCAACUUUUACAAAUAAUCACUUUUUCCAAAUCACUCCAAAAGUGCUUUUUUUAAAGCAGAAGCUGUUGCAAACACUCCCAUAGUACGUAGCUCACCAAACCCUUGUUCGGGUGGAAUGUAAGGCAGAUCAUCACCCGACCCACGAGAGUUUCCGAUCCAGCCAGACCCGUACAUUAUCUGUCCCUCCACUUGGCUUCUUACUGCUCCCUUCCCUCUAUGAUAUGCAACAAUGGGCACAGCUUAAAGCCUCUCUGAUUGUCGGUACAAAUUUCAUUAGCUCAAGCCAUCCUUCUUCGCCUCAUCUUCCAACUCGCAUUUCCCCUGCAAAAUGCUGCGAGCGUGUUUUUGAAGCGAGCCGCCCGUGAACAGAAAUGGAACACAAGUCGUGGAUUUGGAAGAAAAAAUUUGCCGUCGGUGGCGACUGUGGAAGGCGUUCCUCCUUUACCAGAACUGCAGACGAUCUAGAGAUAAUAUUGAAAGGUAAAGCAGAACUGGAAAGGGAUAUUCAAAAGUUGAAUGAUAAGCUUUCUUCUGCUCUCUUAGAGUGUAAUGCUAAAGAUGAUUUUUCACAGAGACAGGCAAAGAUUGCACAGGAAGCAAUUGCAGGUUGGGAGAAAGCCGAGACAGAAGCACUAUAUAUGAAGCAAGAACUAGAAAAUGCAUUGUACCAAAUAGCAGCUGGAGACAAAAGAUUAGUUAGUUUAGAUUCAGCGCUGAGUGAAUGUAUGCAUCAGUUGCGUUCUGUCCAAAGAGAGCAAGAAAAGAGGAUCCGCAAUGCUGUGUUCGAAACAUCCAAAGAAUUUGAGAAAAGAAUACUUGCCUUAGAAGAAAACUUAUCAAAACUGGGGGCAGAAAAUACUCAGCUCAGUAAGGCCCUCCUAGGAAAGGAAAAAGUUAUUGAAAAUUUAAGUUCUCAAAGAGAUAAAGCAGAAAGAGAACUAAGUGCCCUUAUGACUAGACUAGAUUCUCUAGAGAAGGAGAAUGUGUCUCUUAAGUCUGAGGAAUGGGAAUCUGACCGCAGAUCAUCAGAAGCUUCUCACAAGCAACACUUGGAGAACGUAAAAAGGAUCGCAAGAUUGGAAUCUGAAUGUCAAAGGCUGCGGCUUCUUGUUAGGAAGAGACUACCAGGCCCCGCUUCCAUGGCCAAGAUGAAGAACACAGGUGAAACAAGGCCAAAUCCUUCUAUGUUUGGUUCAAUGGACUUCGCAUCGGAUGUUGGUUCCAACAAAAGAAUACAGUUACUGAUAGAGCAAUUAUGCAUGCUGGAAGAAGAAAAUAGGAAUCUCAAAGAAGCCCUCCAUAGAAAUGCAAGAACAGUUAUAGAUGCUUGUGCAGUAGCUUCUGAGACAUCACAGGCUGAAGGACAAUUCAGUCAGAUUCCAACAGAUUGUUUAUCUGUACAACCGGCAGGGAAAUGUCUUCAAUGUGCCCAAGAACUCUGUGUUGUCUCACAGUCUGAUAUGGGUAGUGGCAAUAAAGCAAGUUGUGUUAAAAUGCAGUCAUUUACUCCAUUCUCAAAAAGCAUGGGAGCUUUUGACAUGAUGAAUCUGAUGGAUGACUUUGUAGAGAUGGAAAAGUUAGCAGUGGAGAAAACAGAUGAAGACUGUGUAUCAGAGAUUUUGGCAUCUACCCAGAAAAGUAUGAACCCAUCCAUUGGCAGAGUAAUUGAGAUCAUAGAAGGGAUUUUACCAUAUAGGGUCUCGGAAACACAAGCUGGCUACACAGUUCGCCAUUUCCAGUGGAAAACUUCUGAACUCUCUCUGAUUCUUCAAGAAUUUGUCCAAACGUGUCAAGACUUGAUGGAUGGAAAUGCCAACCUUGAGAAAUUUGGCCAGCAUAUAGUCUGUACCUUGGAAUGGAUCGUCAAUCACUGUUUUUCUCUUCAGGACGUUUCAAGCAUGGAGGAUGCAAUCAAAAACCAUUUCCAAUGGAAUGAUGACUCAUGGGAAGAGUGUGAGGUGGGACCCUCCCCUCAUUUGACGAUUGAAUCAUGCAACCGUAAAAGUGUUUCACAAGUGGAAGAAACUCAAUCAAAGACAGUUGAGACUGAAUCAUUGAUGGUACAGCUUCAAGAAUCAGAAAACACAAUCAAUAGUCUCAAAAUGGAAGUGGAAAACCUUAGAGGCUUAAAUUUGGUGAUGACUGAAGAUGAAGAUGAAGAUGAAAAACAUGAGAUUAUUAGAGAAGGACUUGAGGUGCAGAUUGAAUCAACCAAACAGGAAUUAAAUGAAGUAUGUCAGAAGUAUUCUCAUCUAGAAAGCAUCACAAACGAAGAAAUUCCUCAGCACGCUUUGGAAAAUGAAGAACAGCUGCGCCAAAAUGACUUGGAAAUUGAAGCAGCUUCUGAAAAGUUGGCCGAGUGUCAGGAGACUAUAUUAAACCUGGGAAAGCAGUUGAAAGCAUUGGCUUUACCAAGGGACAUGCCCAUUUUUGAUAAUGUAAUCUCUACCCCUGUGAAAAACCUGGCACGUCGCUCAUCUCUGCUUGACAUUAUGUUAGAUGAGGAUAAUGGUGGUCAAUGUUGUCAGUCUCCCAAGACCAAGGAACUUACUUUGAAUGGCAAUGGGCAUUCUGCUUUAGGUACCAGCAACGCAAUAGAAUUGCCUCCAGAAGAUGUUCCAUCUCCAAUUGGAAAUAGAAACACAGUCGAAGAGGAAGAAUUGCCUCCAGAAGAUGUUCCAUCUCCAAUUGGAAAUAGAAACACAGUCGAAGAGGAAGAUCACGUUGAUUCCUUAACCAUUGUUUCUAGUAAGAAGAGGAAUGGAGGGUUGUUGAGUAAGCUAUUUUGGAAGUUGCAAAAAGAUCAUCUCAUAAGCUGCAUAAAGGAUUGAUUAAUGGUCAGGGCAAUUUUGGGAUGAAAGCUUGCAGAUCCUUCCUAUCUGGCUUGUAGUGAGAAGUAAAUUUUGUUUACUCUUUUAUGUUCUUUCCCACGGAAUAUAUAUGUAAAGUAUCUUCAUUGCUUGUUAAUAAAAUGAGAACUGAGAAGACAAUAGACCACUUCCCUGACAGUUUUAGACUUGGAUGUUAAUAAUACAUGUACAGAGGAAGGAUUCCUCGGUAAUAAUAGCUGAAGUAAUAAUAAGAAACCCUAGUUAGCUUUAA